AUGGUCAACCAAAGCUCCUCAGUGGACUUCUUCCUUCUGGGCUUUUCAGAACACCCACGACUUGAAAAGAUUCUCUUCGUGGUUGUCUUAACUUCCUACCUCCUGACUCUGGUGGGCAACACACUUAUCAUCCUGCUGUCCACACUGGACCCCAGACUCCACUCUCCAAUGUACUUUUUCCUCUCUAACCUCUCCUUCUUGGACCUCUGCUUCACCACAAGUUGUGUCCCCCAGAUGCUAUUCAACCUCUGGGGCCCAAAGAAGACCAUCAGCUUCCUUGGCUGCUCUGUCCAACUCUUCAUCUUCAUGUCCCUGGGGACCACUGAGUGCAUUCUCCUGACAGUGAUGGCCUUUGACCGCUAUGUGGCUGUCUGCCAGCCACUCCAUUAUGCUAUCAUCAUCCACCCCCGCUUAUGCAGGCAGCUGGCAGCUGUGGCCUGGGUCACAGGUUUGGUUCAAUCAAUAGUUCAGACACCACCCACCCUCCACCUGCCUUUUUGUCCUCAUCGGCAGAUAGAUGACUUUUUAUGUGAGGUCCCAGCUCUAAUUCGACUCUCCUGUGGGGACACUACCUACAAUGAGAUCCAGAUGGCCAUUGCCAGUAUCUUCAUCUUAGUUGUGCCCCUCACUCUCAUCCUUGCCUCUUACAGUGCCAUUGUCAGGGCAGUGCUGAGAAUUAACUCUGCAAAGGGAAGGAGGAAGGCUUUUGGGACCUGCUCCUCUCAUCUUAUGGUUGUCAUUAUCUUCUACAGCUCAGUCAUUGCUGUCUACCUCCAGCCCAAAAAUCCCUAUGCCCAAGAGAGGGGCAAGUUCUUUGGUCUCUUCUAUGCUGUGGGCACUCCAUCACUUAACCCUCUCAUAUACACCCUGAGGAAUAAGGAGGUAAAGAGAGCAUUUAUGAGGUUGUUGGGAAAGGAUAGAGACUCCAUGGAAAACUGAGGGAUAGCA